AUGACUACCACAGAUGUCAAACAUGCCGAUCAAGGCAACGUUGAACAGGAUGUUGCUGUUGGAACAUCAUACGUACCGGACCUAAAUGACAAGGCCAUGGAGAGGCGCGUUGUGCGCAAGAUCGACAUGUGGAUCCUUCCAUUCAUCUGCAUUUCGUACCUGAUAAACUACCUGGAUCGAGUCAAUCUGGGGAACGCUCGUACUCUCAACAACGACACCCCGGCGAGCAACCUUGUCAACGAGCUCGACCUUACCGGCAACCGGUACAACAUAGCCGUCGCUGUCUUCUUCGUGCCUUAUGUCAUCUUCGAAGCUCCGAGUAACUUUGCAAUGAAAUACUUCUCGCCCUCGGUAUGGAUUGGCCGAAUCAUGAUCAGCUGGGGUAUCAUCACCAUCUGUACAAGCGCCGUCUCGAGCUUCGAGGGUCUUUUGGCGAUUCGGUUCUUUCUUGGUAUUGCAGAGGCCGGCUUUUUCCCCGGAGUCGUCAUGUACCUGUGCUAUUGGUACAAGCCCUCGGAGCGCGCAACGCGUCUCGCCAUUUUUGCCGGUUCCGUUGCGGUUGCUGGUGCUUUCAGUGGACUUUUGGCCACUGGCAUCUCUUUCUUGAACGGCAAGGCAAACCUCGCUGGUUGGCAAUGGCUUUUCAUCCUCACCGGCAUUCCCGCAGUUCUCUUCGGUAUCGUUGUAUGGAUCUGGAUGCCCAACUACCCGCAAGAUGCCAAGUUCUUCACAGAGGAAGAGCGUGCUUUUGCCAUCGCGCGUAUGGGUCCUUUCGCGCCCAACAAGGAGGACAAGACUUUCAACGCAAAGAUCGCCAAGCAGACGCUGUUGGAUCCGCUGUUUUGGGUUUACGCGCUCAGCUACUUUUUCAUGGUGAACAGCUUGAACGCAUUCUCAUACUUCUCGCCCACCAUCGUUGCCAACCUGGGAUUCGCAGGCUACACCGCGCAGCUGCUCACUGUGCCCCCGAAUGUUUUUGGUCUGAUUAUCAUCUUGGCCAACUGCAUACACUCGGACUACUCCAAAGAACGCAUCCGCCAUGUCCUUGCCGGUCUGACUCUUGUGGGAUCUGGGUACCUCAUCUUGGCCUUGGUUUCCAACUGGAUUGGCCGUUACGUGGCGGUCUUCUUGAUUGCUUGCACCAACUCGGCCGUCAUGCCUUUCCUCGCCCAUAGGACCGCCACAGUGUCGGGAUCGACGGCUACGGCGUUGGCCACUGGCGUAACAAUUGCCAUCUCCAAUUGCGGUGGUAUCAGCGCCCCUUUCUUAUUCCCCAAGACGGACGGGCCGAACUACCCAAUGGGCAACUGGACCGUGUUCGCGAUGUUGUGUCUCGUUUUCUUCAUGUGCAUCUACCUCGGCUUCAGACUGGGAACGAGUGCCGAGUAUCGCGACUUCGCGCCUGGUGCGGCGGAGCAACUGGCUGCGAGGACCAGUAUUGAAGGCAAGCUCCCUGACGAUGCGAGGGACUCCCGUGAGUUCCCGCCUCCGGUCAGGUCGGAAAGCAAUAAGGAUGCCAUGAAAGCAUGA